AGUUUAAAAACUCGCUGUUAACUACUGUAACAGUAUCACAAUCGUCCUCACCUCUUCAACGUUGGGGGACUUGAAGAUCACGCAACGCAACCACGUUCUUCGUCUUCAAUACCCAAGGUACUUCUGAAACCCAAAUCUCAUUCAUUUCUCACUAUCACAACACAUCACGACAUGGUUUUCCUCAAAUCCCCAGACAACAAAACCCUAACCCUACACCUAGACCCCACCACGACCUCUCUCCAAGCCCUACACCUCGAAAUCGAGCGCAAAUCUGGUGUUCCCGUGACCCUUCAACGCCUAUUCUUGUCCUCCCGCCGAUUAAUCGGCGGCGAUGGAACCGCCACCAUUUCAGCCUUCGGUGUUGGGCUCAAUUCAACCCUAACCCUAUAUUUCCCUCUCCUUGGAGGUAUGCAAGCCCCCGUGGUACCUAAGAGUAGGUUAGAAUUCCUCAACACCAAGCCUCCGCCGAAUUAUGUGGCUGGGCUGGGUCGUGGUGCCACUGGGUUCACCACCCGGUCCGAUAUUGGUCCUGCCCGUGCCGCUCCUGACCUCCCUGACCGGUCUGCCACCACGAUUGGCGGUGCGGGUCCAGCUGGGGUGGGCCGCGGGAGGGGGAAAGGUGCUGGUGAGGAGGAGGAAGAAGAUGAGACCGAUGAUAAAGGGUACGAUGAGAAUCAGAAAUUUGAUGAGUUUGAAGGGAAUGAUGUUGGGUUGUUUGCAUCGGCCGAGUAUGAUGACGAAGAUAGGGAGGCUGAUGCGGUGUGGGACGCGAUUGAUAAGAGAAUGGAUUUGAGGCGGAAGGAUAGGAGGGAGGCUAGGUUGAAGCAAGAGAUUGAGAAGUACCGUGCCUCUAACCCGAAGAUUACUGAACAGUUUUCUGAUUUGAAGAGGAAGUUGUAUACAAUGUCAGCAAAUGAAUGGGAUAGUAUUCCAGAAAUUGGUGAUUAUUCGUUGAGGAAUAAGAAGAAGAGGUUUGAGAGUUUUGUGCCAGUUCCUGAUACGCUGCUUGAGAAGGCUAGGCAAGAACAAGAACAUGUUACCGCGUUGGAUCCAAAGAGUAGGGCAGCAGGAGGGACGGAGACCCCUUGGGCACAGACCCCGGUUACAGAUUUGACCGCAGUGGGUGAGGGAAGAGGGACUGUGCUGUCACUGAAGUUGGAUAGGCUUUCUGAUUCUGUGUCAGGUUUAACUGUCGUUGAUCCGAAGGGGUAUUUAACUGAUCUUAAGAGUAUGAAGAUUACUAGUGAUGCAGAGAUAUCUGAUAUCAAGAAGGCUAGAUUGUUGCUUAAGUCAGUUAUCCAAACAAAUCCAAAACACCCACCGGGUUGGAUCGCUGCUGCGAGGUUGGAGGAAGUUGCAGGUAAGAUUGCAGCGGCAAGGCAGUUGAUAAAGAAAGGUUGUGAGGAGUGUCCCAAGAAUGAGGAUGUGUGGUUGGAGGCAUGUCGGUUGUCAAGCCCUGAUGAAGCAAAGGCUGUGAUAGCCAAGGGAGUGAAGGCAAUUCCCAACUCUGUGAAGUUGUGGAUGCAAGCUGCAAAAUUAGAGCAUGAUGAUGCAAAUAAAAGUAGGGUCUUGAGGAAAGGACUUGAGCACAUACCUGAUUCUGUGAGGCUCUGGAAGGCUGUUGUGGAGCUUGCAAAUGAGGAGGAUGCAAGGCUUUUGCUGCAGAGAGCUGUCGAAUGCUGUCCUUUGCAUGUGGAGUUGUGGCUUGCUCUUGCAAGGUUGGAAACUUAUGACAAUGCGAAAAAGGUUCUCAAUAAGGCAAGGGAGAGGCUAUCCAAGGAGCCAGCUAUCUGGAUUACUGCUGCAAAAUUGGAAGAAGCUAAUGGAAAUACUGCCAUGGUUGGAAAGAUUAUAGAAAGGGGUAUUAGGGCCUUGCAAAGGGAAGGAGUGGUUAUUGACAGAGAAGCUUGGAUGAAAGAGGCUGAGGCUGCUGAACGAGCAGGGUCUGUUGCCACUUGCCAGGCUAUCAUUCACAAUACGAUUGGGAUUGGAGUGGAGGAAGAAGAUCGGAAAAGGACGUGGGUUGCUGAUGCGGAAGAGUGCAAGAAAAGGGGUUCUAUUGAGACAGCCAGAGCUAUCUAUGCUCAUGCUCUUACAGUUUUCUUAACUAAGAAGAGUAUUUGGCUCAAAGCAGCACAGCUUGAAAAAAGCCAUGGGACCAGGGAAUCUCUUGAUGCUCUACUUCGUAAAGCAGUAACUUACAGGCCGCAGGCUGAAGUUCUAUGGUUAAUGGGUGCCAAAGAGAAGUGGCUUGCUGGCGAUGUGCCUGCAGCCCGAGCAAUUCUUCAGGAAGCUUAUGCUGCUAUUCCCAACUCUGAGGAGAUUUGGCUUGCUGCAUUCAAACUUGAAUUUGAGAACCAUGAACCUGAGAGGGCAAGAAUGCUUCUUGCUAAAGCUCGAGAAAGAGGAGGUACAGAAAGGGUAUGGAUGAAAUCUGCCAUUGUUGAGAGAGAAUUGGGAAACACUAACGAGGAGAGGAGGUUACUUGACGAAGGGCUGA